CAAAUUGAACAAAUUUUCAGUAAUCUUUUGGCCAAGUUUAAUUGUGAUUGUAUUUGCUUUACAUAUCUCUGUCCUAUAUUACAAAUAUUAUUUAAUUUCUUUUCGUACAUUAUUUCUGUUACUGUUGACUCUGCCAUCGUUUAUCUUAUCUGAGGAGAUGUCGUCGCCGGAUGAUGAUAGUAGAGACAACGCCUUUGCAUUUGUCUAUACCUCUAUACCUCUUUACCUCUACCUCUUAACCCUCGUCCAUGGCUUCAUAUCAACGGCAUAUGUAUGAAUUGCUGGUGUGGCUGUUGGGCACAUGUCUUGGCAUUUCCAUUUCCAUUUGCAUUUUCAACAAUUGUCAAUUGUGGAGGACGCACUGCAGCACUGCGCCGGCAAGGGAAAUUUGCAUAUGUAAGAGUGUGACGAGAGUACGUAACAUUUGUCUGCACAACGACAAGCUCACUUUGAUGCCAUCAAAGCCGCCCCCAACUACCAGGAAAAGCAACAUCAACAUCAGCAGCAACAGCUACAGCAACAUCAACAACUACGGCUACAACAGCAACUUGGCAAAGUUUGUGCACAUGCAUUUCGUCUGGCUUUUGUUUGCCCCUGAUGGUCCAGUCUGUCCUUUGAGCAGCAGGUGCAGCUUGCAUGUUCAUGGGCCACCCAAUGCCAAACCGAAACCAGAACGGAGGCCAGAGUUGAACAUCUCUUCAUUCCUCUGGGCAACACCAUUCCCCCAACAGAGUGGGUGGAAGUGACCUAGUCUGUCGCCGGCAAAUGAACUUUAAUUAAAUGCUAAUAGUUAAAGUUGCUUCAAGCGCAGGUUUUAGUCCGAGUUUUCGAAGUGCACAUACGCUGGAUAAACAGGAUGUGGUGCAUGCACCAGGCAGCCGGAAGAGCCAGAGGUGUGAUCCGAACUAGGAACCACUUGACAGAGUGUAACGGCCAAACUGAGCUCGCAUCCUCAGUGCUGACUACACAGGUGUAGACUAAUCCGGAGAUUGUUUAUAUCUCAGAAAUGUUUACAUGUCUUGUUCAGGCUAUCAUUAACAAUUUCUUGACAAUUGUUAAAAGGGCACUUACAAAGCGAAACCGUAGAAUUAUUUAUGCAUUAUCGAAAGCUAAAAGAUUUUUUUGAACAUGAUCAGCAAUGUUGUUGUUAAGAACAUAAUUUUUUAAAGCAUAUUUUAAAGUUG